AUUGGACGGAUUUCGAACUUCAUGGAGAUCCGUUUCCCGCUCCGUCCUGUGGUCUAUGUGUACUUGGAAAUUUGCAAGCUUCUUCAAGGGAGGAUUGUCCCGGUGGACGUCCCAUCCCCAGCACUCCAGAUAGAUGCCAGAAACAUCAUAAACACCCUAACAGUGUCUGGGGCAAUUGUCGUUCUACUAGGACUUUAAUAUCAAGGAGUAGCGAAUCGUUCGAGGGAACUGGCCGUUGGUUCCUGGACCACGAACGUUAUAACCAGUGGCUUACUCAACCAGGUUCUUUCCUCUGGCUAUGUGGGCGCCCAGGAGCUGGAAAGUCAGUCUUGAUGUCCACAGUCAUUCGUGAUCUCGAGAAGACCCGGCGGGCCGGGGAGCUCGUUGUGUAUUACUUUGCAAAUGGGUACUACCGCGGUGUCAGUACUGCAAAAGCCAUACUUUGCUCCAUGUUGGGGCAACUUCUAUUUCGGAAGCCCGUUCGAAACUCUUUCGCCGAGGUUUUGCCUCUACUAAACGACGUUAUUGCUGCUGGAAGUUCACUCUCUCUCACAAGUAUAGCCUGGCUAUUUUCGAAGAUCAGACACAAAUUGCGAAGUCAUGAGACUCUAUACCUACUUCUGGAUGGCUUAGAUGAAGUAUCUGACAGCCCGUCAGAGCGGGAGCUUGUGCUCGAACUCAUCGAUCAAGCAAGCCGCCACGAUCCGAAUCAUCAAAUUAAAUGCUUCAUCUCAUCACGAUCAACAUUCUUCGGGGCCAGACUCCCAAAGGGCGCUCUACGAGUUGAUUUGGACUCUCACCCGCUGACUCGGAAUGACAUGAGCCUAUACGUUCAGGACAGCCUGCACAAACUUGUGUUUACUCACCCUUCACGAGAUAUCAAGGAUCUGGAGGAACGAGUAUUAAACUCAGCAUCGGGGUCUUUCUUGCUCUUACGUUUGAUAUUGCAGCAAGCUGGACCUGGUGCCUCGAACAGCAGGGCGGAUUUCAAGGACCUUCUUGUUAGAUUGAGCGAUUUCAGUGACAUCGAACUUGGCGGAAUCUAUGGUGGAAUGCUGGCGGGAAUUGAGAACUCUAACAAGGAAGCUGCGCUGUCGAUGUUGCGAUGGGUAACAUUCGCGGCUCGUCCCUUGGAGUUGCACGAGCUUCUCGCGCUAUACAAACAGACUGGUGUCGAGAUCAAGGAGGAAGAUAUCAGCACAAUCUCCGCCGGACUUCUGAUCAACAGUGGGAAUCAAAUACGGUUCGCUCACCUUAGCGUGCGUGAGUAUUUCGAGUCCCACCUGAGUGAGAAAUGGGAAGCGCUCUCAGACGAGGCAAACGAGAUGAUCGCUCAUACCUGUCUCAAGCUUAUUCCAACGCAAGAUCUUCUGCAAAGCUUGGGUUUGGCAAGCGAAAAGUACGCAUCGACUGAGAGUACGACUACCUUAGAUUUUGUACCUUAUGCUCGCAUUCACUGGAUGUUUCAUUACAAGCGUGCUGAGCGACGCAGCACAUACCUUGCUGGGCUCCUACAUGAUACUUUGGAGAAUAGUCUCAAGAUUUCCAGGAAGCACGGACUAGGACCGGGGAUGGAGAACUCCACAAAAAGCGCAUUUGAAAAAUUCUCAGGCGCGGAGAAUUUACAGCUCGAUUUUGAACAGCACAAUUUCGAAUCUCCCAACGUUGUGAAUAUUGCUUUAGCAGUCAGCGCUGAAUUUGGAUUUAGCAAGCUUGCAGAAUUGGAACUGGAUAUGGGCGCGGACCCCAAUGUUUCGUCCGGGCCAGGGCAACAAACUCCGCUUUGCUUGGCUGCGAAAUGGGGCCAUUUAGAAGUUGUCAAACUCCUGCUACACCGAGGCGCAGACCCCUUCAUGGCGAGCUGGUCGGGGCUGACACCCGUGGCUUACGCAAUGGCCAAUGGACACUACGAGAUACGGCAGUUGCUGGUGAGCCAUCCAGCGAAAGGGUUGUGGAGAAGCAACGUUUAUGAGGAAUGGAGCGGUGACCAAAAUGCUACUCAAGCAAUGUGGUUGACUACUUCAUUAUCACCAUCAUGUACUUCUUGUUCUGAUUACUGGAUCAAUUAUGAGCUCCGCGCGGUGCCAGAAAUCUGUGAGAAUACAGGUAAAGUCCUCCCUCCGAUCAUGGUAAGCGGUGAGACCAUAUCAGAGAGCGAACUCCAGCUCUCCAUCAACUCUCCGAGUCUCGAAAAGUCCAGGAUAGUUUCGACAGUCGUUAGAUGGUAUCCUGGAGUACCCAUGUAUCGGGUCUUGAAGUCAGUCUCUAAACGUGGUAUCGACGAUGUCAGAAAGCUGCUACUUGCCGCAGGCAAUGAUAAAGACAGGUUGGGCGUGGUAAUUUCAGUGAGCAAGCUCUUGGCAAAAUCGACGCUUUAACGACACUCCAGGAUUACCGGUUUGGACCUUCCCCCAUAGGGAGUUCGUGAAAGCGAUGUGGCUAAAUUUUUUACAUAGUCUGGCUGGUCCGUGCCAUAGAAGUUACUAUGUAAAAUACUUGGCCAAAUCGCCUUCACGAACCCAGCGGAGGUAGGAAGGGGUAUGUUUUUAGAGAGCUGUAAUUGCUUUUUGGAAAUAGAAUUCGAUUGUGACAACUAGGGAAUUUGGAAUGCGACUGCUAUUGCCUUGGCAAAUCGUAUCGCUCUAUUCAUGGAUUCAGAGACUUGCUCAUAGCGAGG